AUGGAGGGCGGAAGUGGUGUCUUCACCUCGCCACUGAUUGGUCCUUUGAGAUACAAUAAAAGGUACCAAUCCUCGGAAGAGGGACAGUUUUUCCUCGUACGAAGCAUGCUUCUUCAAGUGACUCAUUGGCUUCUCUACCUUCUCUUCAUUCGUUUUGCUUCGUCUUUAGCGAGUUUUGAGGUUCCGCCAAUAUGCAGGCCCCAGCUGCAGACCGCAAACUGCUGGUACUAUCGUCCAAACUACGUUUACAAUCAUCUCCUUGAUCAGUGCAUUUGGAGUGGAUGGAGUUCAUGCAACUCAAAGAUGAACAGUUUCAGAACCCGUCGGGAAUGCGAGACGAUCUGCCUUGGUAGUCGCCGGCGCAGCGGUUCGAGACGGCGGGAACACAAUGAAUACCACUCCCCAGGCUUCUACGAGGAGGUCGUCCCACGAAAGAGGUAUUGGCCCUACGAGGAGCACUCAAUCGACUAA